AUGAACCUCUUCCUGAUCAUUGCAAUUCUGCUGUUCCAGAACCCCACAGAAACAAAACAGAAACCGAAGAAAUGCUGGGAUGAAUACGUCCAGGGAUACUGCAGGAAGAUCUGCAAGGUGACUGAGAUACGCGAGGUCCUUUGCGAAAAUGGCAGAUACUGUUGCCUGAAUAUCAAGGAUGUGAAAGCGCGGAAGAUAAUCACAGUGCCACCCAGACCAAAGCCCAAAACCCCCUCAUAUACUGUUUCUCAAGAAGAAUACCCAAUAGAGGAAAAUGCUCUCAUUCCCACUACAAAUUCUAGCACAUAA